CUUAACUCCAAAUCAAUGUGUGGCACUCAGAGUGAUCAGUCAUGGGGCUGCUGCUGCCAAUCCUUCUUUCCUUUCUUGCCGCUUUGAUUGGAGGGCUGUACCUGCUCGGGGUGUUUCGACAGCGUCGACCAGGAGAGCCCCCUUUGGAUAAGGGGCUCAUCCCUUGGCUGGGUCAUGUCUUAGAGUUUCGCAGGAACACGCUGAAGUUCCUCCAGAGGAUGAAGCAAAAGCACGGCGACGUGUUCACAAUUCAGCUGGGAGGAUUUUAUGUGACAUUCCUCCAGGACCCCCUAUCGUUUGGGGCGAUGGUUAAGGAGAGUCGAGACAAACUGGACUUUAACAAGUUUGCGGCACAUCUGGUGCGCAGGGUGUUUGGUUACAGUGCCAUCGAGAACGACCACCACAUCCUCAGUGUGUCCAGCAACCGGCACCUGAAAGGAGAGGGCCUUGAGGUAAUGACACAAGCCAUGAUGAGCAAUUUGCAGAACCUGAUGUUGCACAACAUGGGAUCAGAUGCAGACCAAAGGGCAUGGAGAGAAGAUUCACUGUUUGCAUACAGCUACAAUAUUGUUUUUAGGGCAGGUUACUUGUCCCUGUACGGCAAUGAGGCACAGAAGUCAAAUUUAUGUGAGGAGAAAGCCAAAGAGCAAGACAGAGCUGAAUCGGAAGCUUUAUUUUACGAGUUUCGCAAAUAUGACCAACUCUUCCCCAAUCUGGCUUACGGGGUCCUGACGCCAAGAAAAAAGAUGGAGGCGGACAGGCUCUUGGCAUACUUCUGGAACACUCUGUCUGUGGAGAAGAUGAGGACCAAGGACAAUAUUAGCCGCUGGGUGUGGGACAUGCAGCAGGCCAAAACAGAGGCAGGUAUGAAUGACUUAAUGAUAAACAGGUACAUGUUUGUGCUUCUUUGGGCCUCUCAGGGCAACACGGGGCCCUCUGCCUUCUGGCUGCUCUUAUACCUCAUGAAACACCCAGAGGCCAUGACAGCAGUGAAGGAAGAGGUAGACAGGGUUGUGAAGGAAUCUGGGCAGGAAGUCCGAUGCGGUGGCCCGAUAGUCGAUCUGACCCGUGAAAUGCUAUUGAAGACACCGAUCCUGGACAGCGCUGUGGAAGAGACCCUCCGACUGACCGCCGCGCCCCUCCUCACUAGAGCGGUGCUCCAGGAUAUGACCCUCAAGAUGGCUGAUGGGCGAGAAUACUUCAUUCGCAAGGGCGACAGAAUGGCCGUCUUUCCGUACAUUGCUGUUCAGAUCGACCCGGAGAUCCACCCUGACCCUCAUUCAUUCAAGUAUGACCGCUUUCUGAACCCGGACGGGACCAAGAAAACUGAAUUUUACAAAGCAGGGAAGAAGGUGAAAUUUUACACCAUGCCCUGGGGUGCCGGAGUCUCCAUGUGCCCUGGACGUUUCUUUGCCACUAAUGAGCUGAAGCAGUUUGUAUUCCUCAUGCUGCUCUAUUUUGACUUUGAGCUGAAGAACCCUGAUGAGAAGAUACCUGAAAUUGACUUCAGGCGAUGGGGCUUCGGAUCGAUGCAGCCCGACAGAGACGUACAGUUUCGCUACAGACUCAGAUACUAAACGGAUCAGUGACUUAUAUCUUUCUGAUGAGACACUGUGAUUUGAUCUCCUCUGCAAGCUUUUAUUUGACAAUCGUGUUUCUGGGACCGUGUGAUUCCACGAUGAAGCAUUAUUUUACACUUGGAGAGUAGCCAAAGUGACAUGGUAUGAUAUCACCGGAUGUCUAUAAGAGGAAAUAGAGACAGCAACAGUGGUGUGUAAGACAGCGCAGAGGAAAAAGUAGUUGUGAAUCCAGUACUGAUAAUAAUGUGCUUGAUGCAAUUUGCCCUAUAUUUCACAUUGAAUUAUUUCUGUAAAUUUACUGAUUUGAUCAAAUUCUAUUUAACUAUGAAUGAGAGAAAAGAUUCCGAUGUUAACACUGUUUCAUCUUUUUCUGAUAGAUUGUCGUAAUGAUGCUAAGGAUCCACACUUUAACGAUUAAAAAGAGGACAUCUCUUUGUAACACUAAAUAUCCGCGAGGGCAGGCGUUAUCUCUUGUACCUGUCUCAUAAAUGUUUGAUACAUCCUUCUUAAACAAGACCGCAGUCUGUGUUUACCACCUGCAAAUAUACUGGAAUGUCACUGAACUGGUUCCAAGAUAAACGCCUGGUUUCAUCUGAAGUCAUGUUUCCAGAAACUGUGCCUGUAACUCUACUGACCUAUAAUUAUAGCUUUUUGAAUGUGAUUAUGCAAAAAUGGCAACUGUUUGAACUUGCAAUAAAGACUGAAUUUGACCAACAUUAAAAGAGAACAUUAUGAUGCCAGGGCCAAUUGAUUUAAUGGGGACUGGAGCGGAAACAAAGUGAAUUUGAAAUUUAACUUGAUAACCUGACUGGAUGACCUUCUGGCAUACUGUUGUCCUUGAACUUAAUUGUUUUAUAAUGUAAUAACUGAACUUCACGUGACUGCAUUCCAACCUACAGAUUACAGAACAGCUGCAAUAAAUGCUCAAUUACUCUACCUAAACAAUA